GUGCUCUUUGUUCUCUAACUACACCCGUUCAGUAUCUCAAAUUCGCAACAUAGAAGUUUCCUCUGCUACCUUUCCUCAUGUAAACCCGUGUUUUUUCGUCUUCACAUGUGACGUAUUGAUUUUUUCAGUAGGUAUAAUACUCCUACUCAUUUCAUCUUAUUCUUUGUUUUUUUGGUUGUAUAGAGCAAGCUCCUAUUCGUGGCUCGCAAAAAUGUCUUGGUCCGCGCACGCCACAGAGGACGACAAGAAGGAGUUCUUCGAUUCUCCAGACGUGCUCCAGUCGAAGGCCAGAAAAGUAGCAAAUCUGUUCCGAAACUCGAAACAUGCGAUCGUCUUCACUGGUGCAGGGAUCUCAACGAGUGUAGGGGUGGCGGAUUUUCGAUCCGGCUUGAAUACAAAAUCUCCAGGUGGUCCAGGUCUCUGGGAACGGCAAGCUGAUUAUGAGAGGAAGACGAAUGGAGCUAGGAAUGCGUUUACGAAAAAUGAUCCAACGAGACCUAAGGUGGAUUUAGACGCCAUGAUAGGAAAGGAACCGAGUUUCACGCAUCGGGCUAUUGCAAAACUCGUGGAACUGGGAAUGGUCAAAGCGGUGUUGAGCCAGAAUGUGGAUAAUUUGCAUCGGAAGAGCGGGUUGCGGGAUAGGUUAUGGCUCUGUUUCUUAUAAACUUCCUUCAAGUUAUUUCGAUAGACUACAAGAUCCAGUUGUUAGUACGUAGAAUGAAAUUGAAAGUCAUUGGACCAUGGCCACCUCUAAUGCCAACCCAACUCGCCGAAUUACACGGCAACUUGAUGGUGGAGACCUGUCCAAACUGCGGCGCCGUCUACGAGAGACCUUUUCGCGUAGGACCUAAUAUGGGGAAAAAUCACAUGACUGGCAGAAACUGCGACAAGUGCGGCCAUGUUCUUCGAGACAACUUGGUCCCCUUUGGCGAAGGCUUACCCAAAGAAGAAACCGAUAAGGCGUGGAAACACUCAGAUGGGGCAGAUUUUUGUCUAGCAAUAGGAACGAGCCUGACUGUGACCCCAGCGUGUGAUUACGCAGCAUGGGUCGGGCAGAAGUCAAAACCGCAGUAUGUGGAAUGGUUAUGGCAAGGAGGGAAAGUGUGAAAACUCAAUUUUUUGUUCGAGUUGUAAAAAUUACCCUUAUAGUAGUUCUAGCUAAUUCUAUAGAUUAUAGUGACCAAACCAAAUCUACUGCAUCUUCUCACCAGCAUAUCUAAUCUACACAAAAAAUCAUACUCCGGAAAAAGGCGAUCUAGUAAUCGUCAACCUGCAGAGGACACCGCAUGAUGGACUAGCUUCGGAAAUCAUGCAUGGGUUUUGCGAUGACGCAAUGAAGCGAGUGAUGGAGGAAUUGGGUGUGGAGUGUCAUUGAUUUGACAUGCAGAAUUACCUUCUGAAUAGGGACUUCUUACAUCAUGUGUAAAGUUUUUUGUGUGCAGUGAACAUUAUUGUAGUAGUCAAAGAAAAAUAUACUUGUAGAUGGAAUUCUGCUAGCAUAAUUACCGGUAAUUCACAUAGACUGACGUUGAAAAUAUCUAGAACGAAAUCUGGUGACUCAGAUUGACACACUAUUCUUGGAGGUUACAAUCCCAUUCCCAGAGCACGGACGUCAACGAUUCUAAUACGCACAUGGUUGAUCUUGUUUCGCAUCACGGUACCUUCAUUCUGAUGAUGAUGAGCAACUGCUACAAUUAAGGAGCACUUCCUUCAUUCGACCAGGCCAUAAAAGAAGUGAAGUAUGAGAAUGAGCGGAGCGCGUGUGAAGGAGCAUAGAAUGUUGAGACAAGCCGAGAGGAGACGAGCGACGUGCAUUACCUGUCUGUUCACUCAUUUGACGAGGCUAAACACGAACCUUUUCUAUUAACAGCUUUUUUAUUCCUCCG